CCCUGAGAAAUGCGCGCAAAGUACGAUGGUAUUCAAAACUGUCAUGGUGGAUUUGUGCCAAUUUUGAAAAAAAAACGAAAAGGACUUGCAAAAUUUUGUCAAGAAUCUCACUUGUUAUCAUUUACCUGAAAGUUUUUGAAGAAAGGGAAAGUACUAAAUCUGUCGAAAAUGCCUAAAAAUAUUCAAUACAAUGUUGGCGAUUUAAUUUGGGCGAAAAUGAAAGGCUACCCGCAUUGGCCUGCUAGAGUAAGCGAAUCAUUUUUAUGUUGACAUGGAUUUGUAGUAUUUAUAAAUAUUGGUUGAAGAAUAUAUUUAAAAUGAAUUAAGAGUUAUCUGGGGAGGAGAAUGCUCAAUAGUGGUUUAGGAUUUUAGGUCAUUUAAGCAGUGAAAAUUGUAUACUAAAAUUUUCUACUAUCAACAAAAGUUGCUGAAUUCCACGUAUAUUUACAAUUUAUCGUGCUAGGGGAUUUACUAUAAAGUAUAUAUACAAUAAAACCCCUAUCAAAUAGCAAAUUACACACUAUCAAAAUCACACUAUUCAAUACCGGGUUAUUCCACAAAACAUCUACAUUUGCCCAACAGAGGAAAUUGCAAGUUUACCCCCCACAGCACCACAUGGUGCAUUUUGUGUACAAACAUUUGAGGGUUACAUUACAGUUUACUGUACCUGAGUGAUAGAAUUAUUCAAUGACAUAUAUCUGAUGACAUUACAUGUUUUAGUGAUUGCUAGGGUAUGGUCAACAUAAAUGGAUUGCUGCACAAUAUUCAGUGUUUUGCACAAACAAUAUGACCAUACGUAACAAAACUGUUUGGUUUUAGAUUGAUAUGGUUGAACCAGGAACAAAGAUUCCAAACAAUAAAUUACCAAUAUUCUUCUAUGGUACACAUGAAACGUAUGUACAACUCUAAUGCAAUCUGUAGCUAUUUGGAUAAGGGCUAGACCAUUAGAAAAAUUCUGUCCUGGUAAUAAAUUCACAGGGGAAAAAAUUGAAUUUGCAUUAAUGGGUUUUGAAUGGUUUUUAAAGAUUUCCCAUGUAUGCUAUCAAUGUAAAAACUGAAUUCUUACUAUUAUUGGUCAUUAUAGAUUUCCCAUAUAUGGUAAAAAACCAUGAUGUUUAUUAUUUAGUACCAUAAAUGGUAUUUUCCUGUCCACAGGAAAAAAUAAAUUAUAUACCAUCAAUGGUAAAUAUUAAAAUAUAAAACAAUGGUAACUCCAAAAAUAAACAUAUUAAAUAUUCUAGCUUUCGACUAAGAUUCAGUCAUCAUCGAUUCGAGUCUUUUUGACUAAGAUUCAGUCAAAGAUUCAUCAAAAAUGAAAAAGAAAAGAAAAUGAAAAAUUAAAUAAAAUGAAAACAAAAUGAAAUGAAAUGAAAAAGAUUCAUCAUCAUCAGAUGAUGAAUGACUAAGAUUCAGUCAUCAGAUUAUGAUGUUUCCUGAUAAUGACUGACUCUUAGUUGAAAGCUAGAAUAUUAGAAUGUUUAUUUUCGGAGUUACUGUUGUUUUAUAUUUUAUUAAAAAUACUCAGUAAUAAUUUUUAGUAAAUCUUAAACAACAUGGUUUUUACUAUUUCAUCAUAAUUUUUUUUACCAUUUGUGAAAUGUGUAAUAAUUAAUAAUGGCAAGGCCGGAUUUUGGUGGAAAUAGUGGGGAAGGUGGAAAAAAAUUUAGGGAAGGUGGAAAAAAAUUUAGGGAAGGUGGAAAAAAAUUUAGGGUAGGUGCAGCGGUCUAGCUCACAACCCCCAUGGAAAGUUAGGGCUUAGAACAGGCCAACAGUGAUGUAUGCAUGUAGUGUACAUUAUAUAUAAUAAUGUAUCAGUGUAUUAAUGAACUAAGACUGUACAACUCAUCAAAUUUUGCCCUACAAAGUUUCUUUCGAAACAUUGCAUUAAUAAAAAGGUUACUUGACACAGAGAUGAAUGGCUAUCACUGUUUCAAUUUUACAGAAAAACGUUCUUACGAAGUGUAGAUCCUAAGCAACCAAAAAAUGUCAAAUUUUUUACUUUGAUCUAUCAUCGAAACUGCCCCAAAGGGGAGGUGCAUGACUUUUCAGGGGAGGGGCAAAAAUUCUCAGGGGAGGUGCAAAACUAUCUCAGGGGAGGUGCGCACCUUCCCACACCUCCCCUCAAAAUCCGGCUAUGAAUAAUGGUAAGACUUCAAGUUUUUACAUUCAAAAACCUAUUAAUGGAAAGUUCAUUCUUUUGUGUGAAAGCCUUUCUCCUUACCUCUUGUGAUCCCUUGCUUGCCUGUGUCACUUAUUACGAAACACCGCCAUUUUGGUAAAAAUCCCCAAAUUCUUUUGCACCUUCAGUGCGUUCAUGCAGGCGAAGGAUCUGUGUCCUUACAAAGAAAACAAAUCCAAAUAUUAUCUGCCAAAGAAGCUGAGGGGAUUUCAGGAAGGAUUGGAUGAGAUUGAAAAGAUGCCGUUGAUAAAAUUUGGAGCAGAAAAUAAAGGAAAAUCAAACAAAAAAGAUGAUAGUACACAUGAUAAAAAGGUAGUCGAUCUUGAAGAUAAUUUGCUUAAUUUAAUGCUUCCAAUAUUUGGAAGAUAUUUCGUAGUAAUUUCUUUGAAUAUUGACCUGUUUAGGAACAGAAAGCAGAUGUUAAAAAGGAGAUAAAAGAGGUAAUUAAGUUAUAUUCCUUAAAAUAAAUCAGUAGUGAUUAUAUUAGGGAUGAGCCGAUCAAAAAAUUAAAUUUACCAAUCCGAUAAAUUCCAAUCAAAUUUACCAUUCGAUCAGCCGAUUUAUCGGUGUUACCGAUACUUGUUCUCAACAUUCAAGUGUUGAGAACAAGUAUUGGUAACACCGAUAAAUCGGCCGAUCGAAUGGUAAAUUGGAUUGGAAUUAAUUGCAAAAUGCUAGCAAAACAUAACAAGAGUUAAUUAAUGGACCAGUAACAUAAAUGUCAUUACGUUUAGUCAUGGAUUGAUACUCAAUUUAGUAAUCAAUUUAUUUCGGAAAAUUAUUAAAUGACUAGCAGUGUAAGUAAAUUUGACAGAUCCUUUGUGGAAGAGAUAACCAAUCUGCCUGAAAGUUGUCGAUUAUCAGGUUCUAGCUAGGCCAUGUUGAGGCUCAAUGUAACUCUUAAACACUUAAACUGUGCUUCAUCUCCCACAGGAAAAGAGUCCAAUUAAAAAGGAAAAGCCACGUAAAACACUGGAAGAGAGCAAUGAUGACACCAAAACAGUAAUUCUAUUUUAUGUUUUUUAAGCAUUUUAUUCAAAAUGUCAUUAGACAGUCUGUAUUUUUCCAGUAGCAAAAUCCUUCGAGCGAAAUUGUGAGUAUACUGUACAUGUACGUUGGUUGAAUAACAGAUAGUCAUGAAAGAAAUAUAUUUUUAGGAAACUCCACCAGCAAAGAAACAAAAGAUUUCAAAGAAAGAAGAAGAACCUGUGGAGGUACCUAAAGUACCUAUAAAAGAGGUAUAUUUUAGGCAAAACUUUUUACCCUUUAAACUGGAUUUAACCUUCAAAUUAUGACUGUCUUUUUAUCAGGGUUUGAGAUAGCCUGCAUGGCAGGUGGUUUUUAGGGAGGUGAAGGAAUUCCUUUGCCUCCCUAAUUUUCACUGCCUGUAGAAAUACCGCCUGCCACGCAGGCUAGGUUUGAGAUUAUACUUUGUUCCUGGAAUCCAUUUUGGAUAACAGCAUGUCAGCAUUUCUUCAACCUGGUAUCCGAACUGAAAAUCUUGUGUCCAAAUUAUCAAAAUAAGAAAACAUACUUUCAGUCUUUAUAUGAUUUAGUUGCCAUGAUCUCAAAACUAAAUGUAAGAGGUUUUUCCAAAUGUUACCUUAGUAUUGACAGAGUUUAAUGUUAACCCUAAUAAAUACACCAUAACAUUAACAACAAUGUCAGAACACUUAACAGACUUUUGUGAUUGUCUUGAUUAAACAUGUGAAAAUGAAAAUGGCUUAGGUAUGAAGCUAGGGGGGUCACAAGAUAUCGGGCAAAAAGCUAUCGCCCCCUAAAAUUUUGUCGCCUGUAUGCCUAUGAAUGUGAUAAUAUUUGUCUGUGUGUAGUCUCCACGGAAACGAACUCGUGCAAAGCAAAGUGAUGAUGAGGAAAAUGCCGCAAAGAAAGGAGAAAACGAAGCAGAAGAUGUGAUGACAAAAGAGGAAUUUCAACGCAAACGAACAGAAAGGAUGGAGAAAAAGAAGUAAGACCAUUUCUCACACACUGUUGAGGGACGCUGCACAUGCUGAUUAAUAUUAAUAUGUUUAUCUCCUGAAAAAUUUCACACCUUUUUCACAGGAGUAUUAAUAUUCAUGCUUGGUUGGGUUUAAUAGAAUAUUUUAAUACAGGCUAUAAUUAGCUCACAGUAAUGUAAUAUUUAUUUAAUCUUUAUUUCCCAAACCGGUUUGGCAUAUUUUUACAAAUGGCCAAUCACAUGCGCGAUUCAAAUUCUGAACCAUGUGACCAGAGGCUCUCCGUUCUCGCCUCUCGUUUCUUACGCCUCGCAAAGAGCCUCUGGAACCAGGGUCCCCUGAUUCAUGAAAUGGAUUCUAUCAUUCUUCUAUCAUGGAUUCUAUGAUUUUCAGAGAGUUAUUGAAGGAAAAGAAAAGACAAGAAAAAUUACUGCAAAAGAAGGCUGAAAAACGUGUAAAAGAAGCCGAACGUGAAAAAGAGGCCGAACGGGAAAAAGAAGCCGAACGGGAAAAAGAGGCAGCUGAAUUGGAAAGGGAAAAGGAAAUGCUAAAUAAACGUAUUGCACAGCAUUUUGUUUUGUGUGUUUUUGCUUACAGGAAUCAUGUAUAUAGCCAUUUGUUCAGUACAAUGAAUGUACUUACAGAGCCUGAAAUAACAGACAUUUUCCUGCCAAAUCCAAAACAUUUUGUCUGGACAAAAAAAAUGUAACCAGUUUUAUUGAAAGAAUGGUGCAUCCAAUCACCCCCAAAGAAUAUGCAAUUUUUAAAUGUAAAACCAUUAUACUGUAUAUCGUUUGGCAUAAAGUAUUGAUGUUUGAUGCCCAUGACUGGGUGUCAAAAUGAAAUCGAAAAAAUGUCAGACCAAAUAUGUAACAAUUUCUGAUCAAAUUUAAUUGUGGUUCGACAUUUUUUCCAUACAAUUUUUUGAACAUUAUUUCAGGCUUUGACUUGCAGCUUGUACAUGCAAAUGAACUAUUACUAACUGAACUGCAUUUCUUACAGUGCCAACGACAGAGCAAAUCCUAGAUCGAUUUUUAUAUGAUUUGAAGGUCUCACUUAGAGUCGAAUCUCCAGUGAGUAGUACAGAAGACAUUGGAAUAUUUUUUAGCCCCUCGCGGACACUUUUGACCUAUUACAGUAAUUGUGUGUUUUUGUAGGAUGUAGCAAGAUGUAUAAAGAUUAUAGGACAAAUUCAAAAUCUUGAUCUAACUUCGGAAAUGAUUAAGAACGCGCCAGAUUUAGUAUCAACUUUGAAAAGGGUUAGUAUUUAUAUUGUAUUGUUGUUUAAAAGUAAUGCUAUGGUAUUGUAUGGUUGCGUGUUUAAUAUGCAUGGUGUGGUGUACUCUUUGGAAUGAAAGGUAUGGUACUGCAUGGUACCAUGAUGUUAUGCCGAACCAAUUUGUUUCUGCCGACAAUAACGGUUUUUAGUGCAAAGUUUCUUCGUCAUUCAGUCGUAUAGUGUAAACUUUCCGGAAAUAGUCACAAUGUUUUUAAUGUUUUCCGACAACCACAUGAUAUUUUUUGAUAGGCCUUACGUUCCUUUUUAUAGUAUAUAAUUUGCGGUAUGUGUACCCUGGUUCCAGAGGUUUAAAAUAAACCUCUGGUUGAAAGCGGCAAUUGAUUCAUCGAGCCGCGCCAAUCAGUUUGAAUUAGGGUCAGAUCCUGACUCUGUCGCCUGAUUGGAUGUUUGUAUUUAAGCUCUCUGAUUGGUUAUAGAUGUUUUAUUUGAAUCAAUCAGAGAGCUUUAAUACAAUCAUCCAAUCAGGAGACAGAGUCAGGAUCUGACCCUAAUUCAAACUGAUAGGCGCGGCUUGAUGAAUCAAUUGCCGCUUUCAACCAGAGGUUUAUUUUUUCUCUCCCCUUCGCAAAGAAAAUAAUAAAAAUAAACCUCUGGAACCAGGGUACGGUAUGUGAAAAUAAUAAUCACAUCUAUCUCUUCUUAACUUUCAGAUCCGUAAGUACACUGGUAGUGAGGAAGUGGUGGAAAGGGCUGGUCAACUUUAUCACAAGUUAAAAUCCUUCUUCCAUGUCUCUUCAUCAGGUAGAAAUCUAAAAACUCUCAAAACUUUAUUCAACCACAUGUAGCAAAAACCUGGAUAUCUUUUUUACCUGAUCUAGCUGUUCAUUAAGAUGCUUUGUUGUGUGAAGCAUAUGUCUUCAAGACUGAUAAGGCAUAGGCAAUGAAUCCUGAAGUAGUCGUAUAGUAGUUACAGUCUUAUAGGAUUAAAAACAAAUUACUAUACUGCAGGCUAUAUGAAUAUUUUUGUUCAGAACUUAGGAAUUUAGGUAUUGAGUUUGUAGAUUAAUUAGUGUGUAUUUGACCAUUUCAAUAAUCGGGUAUUUUGUAAUUUUGACAUUCAAUCAGUGUAAUUUCCAGAAUUAAUUAUCAUAUACAUCAAAAAUGUAGAUUCCCCAAAAAAUUUCUGGUUCCGAAUUCCGAUACUUUUUGCACCUGUGGCUCGGGAUCCCCAAAAAUUUCUGGUUCCGAUACUUUUUGCACACCUGUGGCUCGGACACCAUUUUCUAAUAUUUUUUAAGGUAUCAUAUUCUAAAUCAUUCUGUUUCAUUCUUUCAGUGAACGGCUCAUCGCCAGCUUCCGACAGUCCUUUACCAAGCUAAAGCACAAGAAGAAGAUUUCUUCAUCCGUACUCACUCGCCAUAUCAUUUUCAACGUUUUUAACAAUAUAAGUUAAGACAUUAUAGUCAGUUUUAUAUAGCUCAACUCUUUCAGCAGAUCGCUGCAUAUAGUUCGUGCACCCGUAUAUAACCUCACGAGCUUGUGCACUUUACCGUGUGUAAUAUGGCAAAGUAAGGCAUGCAAAUUGUUUAUGUAAUAGCACGCAAUGGCAAUUUCUAGAUUGCACAGUCUUCAGUAUAGGUUCUCACUUGUUUCCAUCUACCAAACUCACGUUACGUCAUUUGAUGGCAAUUUCUAAAGUUGUUUCUUUUUGGAUUUUUUUUUAUUAAUUUGGUUAGAGUUAGGUUUGCGGUUAGGUGUUAGAGUAGGGUUUGACUUAGUUACUUAGCCAUUUACAGGUAAACUACGUGAAGCGUUCCUCUUUUGAGUUUCUAAAUUGAUUGCAAUUUUCCUCAUUCCUUUUGCAAUUUAAAGGAACAGGACUGCAUUGCAAAUUCCCUUAAGGGAUUUGCAAAGAGUUUUUCAAAUUUGCAAAGCUAAUGAGGAAAAUUUCAAAUGAGUUACGAAGUCAAAAGAGGAACGCUUCACGUAGUUUACCUGUAACAUCUCUUCCGAAAAUGACGUCACGUCACUUUGGUGGAUGGAAAAUAGUGCUGACCUCUUAGUACUGUAAUAUAGAGGUUCAGAUUUGACUUCUGCUACUAUUAAGGGACCAUCAACCAAUCAGAUGCGUUUGAUAUAUUCGAUUUUUUUAUUAUUUUUUUUGUCAGUCAAAUCUGAACCUUUAUAUUACAUGAAUGAUCAAAAGCUUUACCGACGAAUUGGGAAUGAAUGUUAUAUUUUAGGAUUACAAUAUGUAAGCUGAUUCAUGGAUGUAGCACAAUGUCAAGUGCCAGAUUAUUAAUACGCGAUCUUUAGCAGUAGUUUUUACCAAACAUUUACCGAAUUAAUAUAUUGUCUCUUGAAGGCUGGCUUCUAUUGACAUUGUAAUAUAGUAUUAUUUAUUGUGCAUAUGGGGCAGGCUUUUGUAUCCGCUGGAAUUAUAAAUAUAUAG